AUGACGCAGGUCAGCAGGCGUGAGGAGGCAGUGAUGGAGAUGCUGAUCCGGUGUGGUCUUCCACCGGCUUCCGGCGCUUCGGGAAGGCUGCGCAGAAUCACAUCCACGCAUCUCUCCGCGCAGGCCUUGGCCCCCAACAGGGCACGGAUUCUGAUCACCAGCUCCACAGCUGAUGCAGAGAGCCUUUCUGCCUGUGAAGUCUUCCAGCUGAUGCUGCAGGCCUACCUCCAGGUUGAAUGCGCAGUCGUUCAUGGUUCUCGGCAGAUGGUGAGCUGGAAGCCUUGGGCCUACUACAUGGUGGUCUUGCUUGUUCGGGGCCUCUUCCGUGAUCCAGGCUUCGAAAGGAUACUGGCCGCCGCCUUCAGUGCACAUGGUCGUCGCCUUGAGCUUGUUACUGUCCUUGCGGACUCGCACUUCGACUUUCCGAACCUGGACAUGGUGGGGCCUUCGGCCAGUGUCAGCCCCACCCUGAAGGAUGAAAAAGCGGAAAGAGAAGGAGAACGCUCAGCAAGCAUGGACAGUCCCAGGAGCCGGCUUCUCGCUGAGGCCAAGCGCGAGCUUCUGAACGUACUGGCCUUGCCCUUCUCGCCUUUGGCAUCAGAGGGACUUCAGCAAAAGCAAGUUGCGGAGGUGGCCCAUCGCAUGCACAGAUACGAGGACCCGGCGAAGGCCGCUAGCCUGGACGAAGUGGAUGACCGAAACGUGGUUGCUGAUUUUCGGGACAGCUUGGAGGCAAAUCUUUCCGAAGCAGUUCACGUGUGCAGUGAGGAUGACGCCCAAGAAAAUGACAUGCAAAAGGAUGACGUGUCUCUGCGAAGUGACUAUGUAUCUAUUUAA